AUGAUGCCAUUGAGAGAUCCCUUUGAGCCGAAGGGCCUACUAGCUGGUUCUAGCGAGCUCGAAAAGGCAGAGAAUCGGGCUCCUGGGGAUCUGGGAUUGCAGAGGUCGAAGGCCAAUGUCUCGGGCGAGAAGUGGAUGGCUCGUCUGGACGAUGACCUGCUCGUCUCGUCUCUGUCCAUACCUGGAACGCACGACAGCGCGGCAUAUACACACCCGUGGCCCUUCAUUGCAACGCAACGAAUGAGCAUUCUAGAGCAACUCAACGCUGGUAUACGAUACUUCGACUUUCGCUGUGGCAUCCGAGAGGACAUCCCGGAAAUGGUUCAUGGACCUUCUCUGCUUGGCCUUCAACUCCCCGAAUUACUGGACAUCAUGUACAAAUGGCUCGAGAGCCACCCGAAAGAAGGUCUUAUUGUACAAAUCAAGGAAGAUAGAAAACCGGAGCGAUCUACUGUACAUUUCUCUCACGCCAUAUUCAGACACAUAGCUGCGAGAUCUGAGCGCUGGCGCACUGCCAAUACUACACCUUCACUUGGAGAGCUCCGAGGGAAAAUCCAACUGUUCCGUCGUUACAAUGGACCGAGUCUCAUGGCGUAUGGCAUCGACGUCACCGAGUGGCAGGAUAAUCCAACUCGACCGUUCACGAUCAACACGAGAAACAGCGUGCAGCUCACGAUCCAGGACCACUACAGCAUCUCCGAUCCAAAGCCCUUGCCAGACUUGAUAGCCAUCAAAGGAGGAGAUGUAUCGGGGCUUCUGGAUCGCGCAUCGGCGGAUACCGAUACCGGGCAUUGGUAUCUGAACUUCACCAGCGCGUACGAAUUCAAUUGGUACUAUCAGCUCCCGCCACGCGAGGUAGCGGUCGGAGGCUAUUUUGGUUUCAAGUGGGAAGACGGCAUGAACCCACGUCUGCGGACUUUCCUUCAGGUCCGGGAGAACAAGCAGCGUUUCGGCAUUGUGGCAAUGGACUUUCCGGACCUUGGUGCGGACGACUUGAUUAUCAGUCUGAUCAUGUCGAAUUUCAAACCAGAACAGACGACGCUCGGAAGAAACGUGCGAUUUGUUGUCGCUGCGAUCGUGUUACUUGCCAUCCUACUUCUUGCUAUUAUCCAUGGUCUCUCUGGACGCGGUCCGGAGUUCCUACGCGUAUACAUCCUUGAAUGUACAUGGAAGGUGCUUGUUGGAACUUGA